CACAUUGCACCAAAUCAAAUGGAGUUAUGUAGACUAGAAUAACUAGACGCUAGAAAUUUGCACUCGAUUGAGAUUGCUGACUUAUUUCGCCGAACAUAACUGAUUUGAAAUUGGAGUAAAAACGGAAACCAUUAAAUGUAAAUCAAUUUAUAUACAUUCAUAUUACAGUAUUAUAUGCGUUGCGACCCACUUUUGUGAAUUUCUAGGUCCCAAAUGUUAAUGAUUUAGCUCCUUUAAACCCCAUGACUCUCUCUUUAUCAGAAUAUGAAAUAUUGACGCCAUAUGGGUAUUAUAUAGAUAAUUUGCUGAUGUGUCUACAAUGCGGUGAACGAUAACUCGUCUUGUCAAAAUUAUACAAAUGACUACAAAACUUGCUCAAAGGAAGGCCUUGGUUGGAACGGUCCACUACUGUGGCUGAAGUAAAAGUAACGGAAGACAUCAGGAACCAUUUCUAUAAUUCUACUUUUGAAUAUAUUAAGAUAUUUAUCGUGUUUUGUGUGUGUGUAUAUCGGUGGGUUGGGGUGGAUUGAAAUCUGUCCAAAAUCUAGGCCGCGACUAUCACUAUAUAAUUUGUCCAGGAUGAAGGACGAAAAAAACGUGAUCUUGUAUAUAUAACGCCAUUAACGGUUCAUGUCUCACGUGUCAAAUGCGAAACUGUCAACGUGCAGUCUUGCUAUCAUCAGGCCUUUCUAAUCUUUUCAAGUGGAGAGUUCUACAAACAACACUUUUUGACUGACGUCCGUAUAUUUUAAUGUUUAAAGUCUUCGCUUGUAGCUGCAGCGUACUGUUCCAAUACUGUUCAGAGUACCAGUUUCAAAGAUUGUAUAUAAUGUCUAUGAAUCCAAUAUGACUGCUAUAAAGGUGUACCAUGAAUGACAGAAGAAGAAAGUAGCCAUAGACAUGUGAUCGAUAUAUAAAAAUACAGGUUGGAGAGUGGCUGCUCAGCUUAAUAAAGAACAAACAGUACAUCCACAAUGCUACUCGUCUUAAAAUGAAUUAACCUUUACAUGUAGUCAUGUGUGAAUUAGUGUGUAGCUAGGGAAUUUUAUCUUUGGAUUACUUUCCAAGGAUCCUUGUUCCUACUGUAUCACUGAGACCCUACGGAGAUCGCGGCUGAUCCACAGUGUUCCAGGAAUUCUUCCGACCUCAUCUUUUACUUUUCGUUAAUUCAUCGCAGGCUUGGAAUUGUGUUAAUUAUUUAGUGAACACACCGAAACUUCACAUAUAUUUUACACCCAGAGUUUAUCCCAGUAACUAUGAAAAAUAAAUUUAUUUUUAUAGCAGCUAUAUAUAAUUACAGUAUAUAAAAGAUGCUGUGAAUUGAUCUAUUCAACUUGUGAUAGCCAAUCAAUAAAUAGUUUACAAUUAUCAUCAAUUAACCUGCUUCUGAAAUAAUUGUCAUGUUUAUAAUGGACUGUGAUAAACACAUAUAGUUGUUUAUUCCUGCUAUUCAUAGAUUUAUUGUGUAAAACAUUUUUAAUUUGGAUCAAAAAGGUUUUUUUUACAUACAGAGCAUCUUUGAGAGAAAGUGUUUCGAUUGAUGAAUUUCAAUAUUUUGCUAUAUCUUCAUAUAUGAGGCAUUUCUCAGUUUGGAACAAGAAGUUUUGAACAUAUAAGAAAAAACUUUUGGAUGAAAAAAAAUUCAAAUUUUGUGUAGAGACAUUUCCAUGUUUGGAUUUGCAGAAUUUGAAUGACCAUCAGUUUACCAUAUUUGGAGAUCAAUUGACCAGAUAUUUAGAUUAGUGUAAUUUGUAUCAAAGCAAGAAAUUGAAUUAUCUGGUGUGAUAUUCUCUUCUCUUAUUUUUUGUAUACAAAUGUCAUAAAACGAGUAGCUUUUGUUUAAAAAUUAUUUUCACUUGAGAUAUUGAUUUUCUUGUAGACGUUUUAAACAGUGAAGAUCUGGUUAUAGAUGUAAUAACAGUUUAAUCAGUGGAUUCCUCUCAUCCUAAGUGGACGAUUUUUAAACGCCUUUGUAGAAUUUUUGGAUUAGCCUAAUUAAAAGACGUGUUUGCGUUAAGAUUAAAUCUGUGCUGGCAUUUAUUUAUAUUCAGUCAACAACCGAGAUAUUUUCUUUUGUGCUAUCAACAUAAAUAACUGUUGCAUUUUUUGCCAACAUUUGUUUGCGUUAUAGUUUUGUAGACAUUAAAUAAUAGCUUUGUAGACAAUAACGGGCAAAGUCGUGCAAGCUCUUUAUUGCUGCUUUCGUUGAAGAAAUUUUGUCCUUAAUGCAGUUUACCUUUUAAUCCUGAAAAACUAGUGACAAUUAAAUUUGUGACAUUUCCUCAAAAGUUCAAGAACCAUUCAAGGUUGCUGAACACAACAUAAAACUUAUAUUAUGCCGGAAAAACCAGUUACUUUAACAUAUCGCCAAACUUUACAAAUGAGGAGAAAUUAUAUAGGUCGGUCUUGUAAGUUGCAUUUUGAAGUUGCCCCAUUAAAGAUAGUUCGGGCAUCCCGACAAUAUCUGUAUGAUGACAGUGGUAACGAAUUUCUCGACUGUAUCAACAACGUGUCACAUGUUGGUCAUUGUCACCCACAUGUUGUCAGCGCGGGACAAACACAAAUGGCCAUGUUGACGACAUGUGCUGGAUUUUUAAAUGACCAAAUGGCCGAAUAUGCGAAGCGUCUGAUUAGCACGCUUCCUGAUAAACUCUGUGUCUGCUUCUUCGUAAAUUCAGGAUCUGAAGCGAAUGAUUUAAGUUUACGUUUAGCAAGGUCAUACACAAAAAGAGAGGAUAUGAUUGUCCUAGAAAAUGCUUACCAUGGUAACCUAGGAAACCUAAUUGAGAUCAGUCCAUUAAAAUUCAAAAAGUUGAACUUGCAGAAAAAGGACUGGGUCCAUGUUGCCUCGUGUCCCGAUACAUACCGAGGGAAAUAUCGUGAAGGUGAAGUGGCAAAUCCUAGUCUCUCAUAUUCCAAUGAAGUUAAACAAAUUAUAGAGGAAGUGCAGGACCAGGGUAGAGGGAUAGCAGCGUUUAUGUGUGAACCUCUAAUGUCUGCCAGUGGCAUCAUCACUUUCCCAAAAAAUUAUCUUCAAAAUGUUUACAGACAUGUUCGAGAGAAUGGUGGUGUGUGUUUGGCUGAUGAGGUACAAACGGGGCUCGGAAGAACAGGUGAAAAUUUCUGGGCGUUCCAGUAUCAUGAUGUUGUUCCUGAUAUUGUGUCAAUAGGUAAACCAAUAGGAAAUGGACAUCCAAUGGCUGUUGUCAUAACAACCAAAGAGAUUGCAGACACACUUGUGGAGUUUGGAAGCACAUUUGGCGGUAAUCCUGUAUCCUGUGCUGUUGGAAUGGCCGUAUUGGAUGUGAUACAGAAUGAGAUGUUGACAUCCUCGGCUAAAUCUGUAGGAAAAUGUCUACUGGAUGGAUUUCGAGCUAUUUUACCUCAUCAUUCUAUGAUGGGAGAUGUAAGGGGUCAAGGAAUGAUUAUACCUGUUGAAAUUGUUUAA